AUGAGGUUGGAGCAGCUUCGGUUACAGCUCAACUCAAAGAAGUCGCUCCUCGCACAUGCCAACGCCGUGCUGGCCGUGCGCAGAGCAGCGUUGGCGCACGCGGGAGCAGCCCCAGGGGCAUUGAAAGGAGAUGGUGUAGCACAGGGAGCAACCAACGCGGCCAGAAUGGGACCAAUGGGGUCGACAGGAGCAGUAGGAGGGGCGGGAGGCACGGGCAGGAUGGAGCAGGGAGGAGAUCGGACCAACUUGCAGGCUCUGGGCAACUUACAGAAGAUAGUGCAGGGCGCACUGAGAGCAGACCAGCAGCUGUGCCUCAAGAGGCUUUGGGACAUCUUCCCUUUCAAAAAGGUGCCCCUGCCGCCCAACCCAUCACCAGCCACCACUCGAUCCCCAACCCCUCCUCCAACCACCACCACCCCCAGCACCUCAGCUCUCCACAUGCCGUCCUCCUCCCCUCUCCUCUCCUCCUCCCCUCCUCUCAUCUCCUCCUCCUCCCCUCCUCCCCGCUUCUCCUCCUCUCCUCCCCUCCCUGAUCCUGGGGAAUUCACUCUCUCUAUCUGUGGCCUUCGCCUACCCUCCUCCGACGCUCACAUCCCGCUCAUCCCUCCCUUGGAGCUCGCGGCUGCAAUUGGAUGCUUGAUUCGUCUUCUGGAACUGCUCUCCAAGUACCUCUCCUUCCCUCUCCUGCAUGUCGCUGCCUUUGCAGCAUCAUCAUCCAAGGUGUGGCACCGGCAGUCCUACUGGUCACUCACUCCUCCCUCCAACCCCAGCUUCCUCUCUUCCUCCUUCGCCUGCAACUCUCUCUUUGACUCGUGGGCGGGGAUACCGCCUUCCCAGCUACAAGACGAAGCAGGCCACCCAAUGAAUUUCUUUCAUGCUUCAGCAGCCAAUCAGCAGCUGCCACCUGGCGAGAUCAAGCAGGUUCGGCGAGGGCUGCGGUUGCUUCGGAGAAGUGCUGCCUGUCUUGCCGCCGCCCACACCGGCAGGUUCGGGAUUGCCAAACCUGGAGAUGAGGUUCGGGGAGGAGGUGGUGCUGAGCUGGACGAGUUUGCUGAGCUGGCGAUGAUGAUGUCAGCUGCCACGCGGGACACGCGGUUACCCUUCAUGCGGUAA